CCACUGUGUUACGAUCUCAUCCCAAAUUUUUGGUUAUACUCGCCCACUAUGGAUGCUCUAAUGGGGAAAGAAUUACAAGAACAAUCUCCUCCUGUUAGGAAUGAUUUACUUACUCAGCAGGGCAUUAAAGGCCCCAUUAAUAAUUCCUGCAAAGAUAAAAUGUUAAGGGUGGUAGUUAUCUAUGUUAAUGGAAAUUUGUCUUGGAAUAAACUGGCUGAAUCCGUAUCUCAAAAGCUUGGCCGGAACAAAUUUAUAAAGCUAAAUGUUGCAAGAAAGAAUCAGACCACUUUCACUCCAAACAAUGAUAAGGAAUGGAUGGUGACAUGGGAACAGAAAGAUCCGAAACCUAAAGGACCCGGAUCAUCAGACGAAGAAGAUGAUUCUCAAAUUUAAGAUUUGAACAAAUAAGAUUCAUGCGGAGGUGACUCGGCAUAAAAACAUUACUCCUCACGUGUGGGAG